AUGAGUUUGUAUAGAUCUGCUGCAAUCUCUAGUCGAAUAAAAAAAUCUACCCCUUCAUUGAAGCGAACUACAUCUUCGCCCUUCUCUACUCUGCCCAAGCGCAAACCCAUACAACGAUCAAAAUCGAAACCAAAAUUUGUUGAUGAUGACGAGGACUUUUUCGACGAUAAGCUUGAUGAUAUUGGCUUGGUUAAAGCGCUUGCAACUGAUCUCACCUUACGGGAUGUCUCUCAAGCUAUACAAUAUAUCAGAGGUAGGAUGUUGACUAACAUAUCAGAGCAGAGGACUGGGAUGAACUCGACACGUACGGCAGAGGUCCUCAACUAUCGAGAUUCAUUACCACCUGUUGUUACUGCCUCUUCUAAGGAAGAAUUCAAGAAAUUACUGCAAGAAAAUCCCACGGCGCUGAAGUUCUCUAGGUCUCGAUUCACGAAGGAAGUUGCCCAAGCACUUAUACAUGCUGGCCUCUUUACCUCAUCAACAACAAAUUAUACAGUCACGGAUCACUUUUCGAGGCCGGGUGAUGGUUCAAGAGGAACCCUCAUUUCGCUGAACAGUAUUUCGAAGGCAACCUCCGGAUCUCUAGCUGCUGUCGGUGGCGAAGGGGCGGUUCAUGCUUCUGGAGGAAGUGGAGGCGGAGCUCGAUUGGCGGGAAAUGGAGAUUUUUCCCUUUCCCUUCCUGCGACAGGGCAAUUUUUGAAGUUGCUGAGUAAUGCUCGCCUUCAUCUCGUAUCCUUGCUGUCGGAAUCAAGGUUUCGUGAAGCACCCGAAUCUCUUCUUCGGCAGCGGUGGGAUGGAGGAAUCGAAGCCGACGACGGAGCGAGUGCGGCAAAGAGAAAUAGAGGAGAAUUCUCUGGCGUUCUUCCUGGCAAAACUAGAAAGUGGAAACAGUAUUACGGAAUCUCGUUUGAAUGGAUAUUAGCGGAGUGUGUUGGCGCAGGGCUGGUUGAAGUCUUUGAUACUAGGAGCAUUGGGAGAGGCGUUCGUGCAUUAUAA